ACAAACCAUUUUUUUCUUUGUUUUUUGUUAAAAAAAUUACUUUUUAUACCUUUUUCUUAUCUUUAGACUAUGUUUUUGUAAUUUCAAAAUCAAAAUUCUUCCAUUUUUCAUUGGACUUAAGAAAAAACUGACUGAAUUCGUACAAAAAAAUUCAAAAUUUGUAUCAACAGAGUGAAACAUGGAUUGGUUUAAAAAAGUUUUUCGACGAGGAAGAGUAGCGGAAGUCAAUCGCAAAGAGUUACACAAUCCAUCGUUAGAGACAGAAACGGAAUAUCGAGAACGAUGGGUGUCGAUUCGAAUAAUUUAUUUUACGAUGUUUCUCAUGUCUCUUGGAUUUAGUAUCAUUCUUACGGGGAUUUGGCCUUAUUUGAGUAAGAUGGAUCCUGAUGCAAGUAAAGAAUUCAUGGGAUACAUUGUCGCUGCUAAUCCUUUAGCUCAAAUGAUUUUCAGUCCUCUUGUUGGAUGGAUUGCCAACAAAUUAGGCUCAAAUCGUAUUCCGCUCUUGAGUUCUUUGAGCCUUUUCACGUUUGCCAGCGGCUUGUACUCAACAAUCGAUCUUUUUCCAUCACACAAAAAAUAUUGGUUACUCGCUUCACGAUUUCUCAUCGGCUUGAGUUCCGCAAAUAUCGCUGUUGCACGUUCUUAUUUGUCCGCAGCAACAACUAUCGAUGAAAGAACGGGCGCUGUAGGGAUGGUUUCUUUGGCGCAAGUUCUUGGAUUCAUCGUUGGACCUGCUUUACAAGCUGCUGUCACGCCAUUUGGAGAUAAAGGCUUUUUACUUUGGGGAUUUUUGCCAAUUGACAUGUACACAGCCGCUGGAUGGAUAAAUGUUUUCAUGGGAAUUCUCAAUUUAUGUCUCUUUUUGCCUUUUAUCUUCAAAGAACGCAAAAUUGCAGCGAAAGAAAUUAUGGUUUUGCAGGGAAAAACGAGCGAAAAGGAGACAUGGAAAGCAAUAAAACCGGAUUAUGUGUCGGCAUGGACUUUGAUCGGAGCAUUUUUCAUCCUUGUCUUCCAUUUUGUACUUUUGGAGACUUUGGGAACGCCUCUCGUGAUGGAUCAAUUUGCAUGGACAAAGGAAGAAGCAGUGAAGUACAUGGGAAUUUUAAUGGCGGUUGGUUCAGUUAUCGCUUGUGCAAGUUUUGUCUCUAUCAAACCGAUGACGACCAAAUUCGAAGAACGAAAAGUUCUUUUAUGGGGAGGAUUUUUCUUGAUGGCUCUUGCAGCAGGUAGUUGUAUCCCAAUGGGAUCUGAACCGCCGAAAUUAGCAUAUCCCGUUGAGCUAAAUGGAACAUUAGAUCACAAUAAUAACACGAUUUGGGUCGACGAAAACGAAGUUGGAUGUCCUAUUAAGCAAGAAUGGUGUGCAACGACAAAUGCUUUGACGAUCCCUCAAUUUAUUUUUGGUUAUGGCUUAACUUCAUGGGGAUAUCCGAUCGGAGUAACUCUCAUUCAAACCAUUUUUUCGAAGAUUUUGGGACCAAGACCUCAAGGUACAUGGAUGGGAAUUUUAACAGGCGCUGGAUGCUUUUCGCGUGUUCUUGGUCCUCUUUACAUCUCUUUCGUUUACACAAAUUACGGUACCUAUUUCACUUUUGGCAGCAUAACAUUUUUGAUGCUAAGUUGCAUGUUAUGGCUUUAUAUUGUUCGUGGAAAACUCGUUCCUCCUAUUUAUGAGAAGCCAGCAACAGAAAUGAUCGAAAUUGUUUCAAAAAAACCCGAAGAUGAAACGCAACAAAUUCCAAAGACUGAAAAAUCUACAAAUAUUAGCACUGAAGACGCACAUCAGUCAAUUAGUUUACUUAAAAAUGAAGAUGACGACGAUAGGAGAUGAUAUUUUUACUAAAAUGACAACUAUUUUUAUUGGAGAAUUAUAUAUUUACAACUUAAAAGUUACUUAUUUUACCAACGAUUUUGUGUCAUGUUACGAGAAAAGUAAAUAAAAAAUAUUUUACUUUCA